AUGGACUGGGCGAUACGCAGCCCGUCGUCGUGCCCGGAUGCCCAAGCUCAGCCGGAAACCUACGCCUGCCGCGGUGGGAACACCACAUGCCUCAACUCCACCAAUGGCGAUGGAUACCGUUGCAUGUGUUCCGAUGGGUUUACAGGCAAUCCCUAUCUCGUGGAUGGAUGCCAAGACAUCGACGAGUGCCAACUUCCUCAGCUGUAUCCAUGCUACGGAGUUUGUACCAAUACACCGGGAGGCUACAAUUGCACAUGCCCUCCCGGCACGCUCGGCAAUGCCUCCGAAUACAAUUGCACCGAGAUCCCAUCCAAAUUUCCAGCACCAGCACGGCUGGUUGUAGGUUUCAGCGCCCUCUUUGUAGCAGUUGCUCUCAUGCUAAUCCUAGCCACUCACAUGACUGUGCGUGCAGGUUGCAGCGCCAUCAUUGUAGCAUUAGGUGCUCUCAUUUCUUGUGUAACCAUAGCGAUCCAAAAGUCGAAACACAAAAGAGAAAGAGAGAUGUUCUUCAGGAAAAAUGGGGGCUUCAAGUUAUACGAAGAAAUCCUAUCGAAAAGGGUGGACACCAUUCAAGUCUUCACCGAGGAGGAGCUACAACGAGCCACGGACAACUUCGACGACAAAAGAAUCAUCGGCUGCGGCGGGUACGGCUUGGUGUACCGGGGAAUCUUGGACGACCAUCGAAUAGUGGCGAUAAAGAAGUCCAAGAAGGUCGACGAGCGGCAGAAGGACGAGUUCAUCAACGAGAUCAUCGUUCUUUCUCAGGUCAACCACCGGCAUAUAGUAAGGUUACUGGGCUGCUGCUUGGAGCUGGACGUCCCCAUGCUGGUCUACGAGUACAUCUCCAACGGCAGCCUGUUCGAUGUGCUCCACCAUGACCGCUCCGCCUCGCGCCUCUCCUUGCAAGCUCGCCUAACGAUCGCUGAGCAGACCGCAGAAGCGCUCGCCUACUUGCACUCGGGCACCAGCCGUUCCAUCACUCACGGAGACGUCAAGUCCCACAACAUACUGCUGGGCACCGACCUCUCGGCUAAAGUGUCCGACUUCGGAGCGUCCCAUCUCGUCCCGGUGGACGAAGACGAGUUCAUCAUGUUCGUGCAGGGAACGUUAGGUUACUUGGACCCCGAGUGCAUGCAGACCCACCGACUGACGGAUAGAAGCGACGUGUACAGCUUCGGGGUCGUCCUCCUGGAGCUGAUCACAGGCAAGAAGGCGAUCUACACCGACGCUGCCGGGGAAAAGAGGAGCCUGGCGACAAGUUUCCUUGCGAAGGUGAAGGAGCAGAGGCUGAAGGACAUACUGGAUGACAAAAUGGUGGAGGAAGGGGGAGAGCAGUUGCUGGGGGAGGUUGCGGCCAUUGCCAAGGAGUGCCUGAGCGUGAAGGGAGAAGAGCGACCCUCCAUGAAGGAAGUAGUAGAGGGACUGCAUUCUUUAAGAAGGUUAAGGCUGCUACCGAGGGAGGAAUAUGAUCGGGGAGAGAUCGAAAUGGUACAAGUUGAAGAGACAACAAGAGAGACGGAAACGGGUAGCAGCGCGUAUCAUGCCCUGCACAUGAAUACGGGGAGAUGA